GACAUGCGCUAGAACGAGAUGCAGUAUUAGCAUCGCUCCGGCCGAGCUAUCCGGACUCCCCGCUUUCAAAAUUAGUGAGUGAAAACACACAGCUGUGCCUAGACGCGUUUCGUGAAUAAAAUUCUUAAUGAAAUAAGGAUUUAUUAACGAAAUAAGGUAAGAGAUAAUUACAAAGCGAAUAAUGCUACUUUAUAAUUUAUAUAUAACUGCGGCUAAUGAAAAGUUACUUUGUUAUGUUCAAACAAAAAUUUAAACGUCAUAUUCAAAACUGAUUACAAAGAUUUAACUGCUCAGAACCAAAAGGUUAUAUGUCUGAGUAAUUUAAUAACACCAACUCAACACUAAGUGAUUGUGUGAGGAUUGAUUUUCGCGUGACUUCUAAGUCAAAUGUGCGACCUUGUAAUCCUGAUAAAAUUUCUGUGAAGUUUGAAAAACUACAAUAAUAUAAUAAAUGCUCGUUGUUCGUUUAUAAUUUUGGUAUAUACUAUAGUAGUAGAUUUUUUACAAGUCAAAACGACACUCAUCCAGCAUUACUAGAAUGCUAACCGUGAGCAUUUACGAACAUGUACAUAAAUAAUAAAUUAUGAUUAAUAGAAAAUCUGAACAAAUAGUGGCACGUUCAUUGCUAAUUGAUUUGAUAUUCUUACCUAAUGUUUUUGAAUCCUGUUUAAUCUGGUUGGGUUUUCGACAUGAUUUUUUUAGUAUACAUUCUGACGAGACUAGCUUAGAGCCUAACCAGCGGUCAGAGAUCACCGUCAUUUUUGGAUGAAACCACCAUUUCGCUUGGUGUUUGAAAUAUCAGGACACACGAUCAACGACAGUUAAGAUGUAAUGUAAAUAGUUUUAAAUUUAUGUAGUGGUAGUUUAACAGAAGACUUCUUUAAUCCGCAUCACUGAGGGUUGUGGUCAUCCAGAGCAUCAAUGUCUCUCUCCAUCACCUCAACAUUCUGAAACGAAUUCACAACGCGAGCGGAUCUGGUCAACGCACCAGGCUCCUUCACCCUGUUCUCUUGCCUCAAAACGCGUCAAAAAUUGUCCAGGAAGAACCAAUCGGCUACCUAUGUAUUACUCAUCCUUUUAAAACUUCAGUAUUCAGUGGUUCCUAGUAGAAAGGUGAUGCAAAAAUAACGAUUUACAAUGUAUGAAAAUAUAGUUAUUAAACUGCUUCUCUUUUUUUUAGGUACACCCUGACACUGAGUAAAAUAUAAUUUGUCGCGGAGUGAAUUCGAAUCCGGAGCAUGACAUAAAUAUAUCGUUGUAAAAAAAGCAUCUGUACAUUAAUCAAUACGAAAACCCUUAAAAAAUUAAACACCUAAUGAAGCUUUAAAUUUAAACCCCAAAAUGUAUGAGAAUUCAGAUUACCACUAUAUAGAGCCCUACGUAGAACUUACUACAGGAGUCGGAGUAGUACACUCUGUUAAAUUUGAACCCAUGGAUAGCAUCCACAACAACGCAAACGAAGAACCACUUGAAAAGGGUAAGAAGAGAAGACGAAACGAAGAAAACUGGAAGAAGAAUGUCACGAAGAAAGCUAGACUAGAAGGGCUGCCAUAUCAUUCGCAUGUCGCGAAGAAAGUUACGGAAAUGGGAGGACGUGUGCUGAAACCACCGUGCAAAUGCAGAGCGAAAUGUUACGACAGACUCACCGAAGCGAGUAGACAACAAAUAUUCGACGAUUUCUGGAAGAAAUGUAAUAAUUGGGAACAGAGGAGGCAGUUUGUCGCGAACAGAGUCACCAAAGAAUUAAAAGUGAGAACCAAAGUUAAUAGUUCUUGGCAAGAAGACAGAAGGAAGUUCAACUACAGAUACAGUUUAGAGGUUAAAGAUCGCGAAAUAAACGUGUGUAAAGUCAUGUUCCUAAACACAUUAUCCAUAGGAGAGAAAUACGUGAAAAUAUCAGUAGAAAAAAAGACGGACAGUGGUAUUACAGAAGGCGAUCGCAGAGGGCGACACCAACCGGCGAACAAAAUCCCGGAAUCCACAAUCCAGUCAAUAAAAGAACACGUCACUGCACAUCCGAUAUACAAGAGCAAUGUGACGAAAAAAAGUUGGCAGCCUGGCACUGAUCUGAACAAGUCCCUCAUGUACUCACAGUAUAAAGAAAGCAUGAUCCAACAGGGGAAAACUGAAAAGGAUUACGCAAAAGAAUGGUUAUACAGAGCGGUGCUCAAUAAAAUGUAUAAAAGUUCGUUGGGCAAUAAGAAGAGCUUAACUAAACACAGCGAGAAUGAUGAAGUGUAUUAGAGAUAACGCGUUUUUAUAUUCUUCCUAGUCGGAUACUCUUGGCAGAGUAGUCGUGGCUGUCGAUAGACAGGGUUGCGUCUCGUCGUUGUCGCUCGCAUUCAAGGCAGCCGCACGUCUAGCGAUGUACCGAGGUGUUUUUAUAUAUUUAUUGACAAAGUCUGAAAGACUAACUACUACUUUAAGUCAGUAAAUACCAUAUAGCUCUAAAGCCCAUCUCGAAAAUGGGCAAUUGAAAAUCAUAACCCAAAACAAACAAACAAAAUCAUAAUCAAAUUGUAUUAUUGGUGAAGACGUGUGUGUACAUAUUCAAACAAAGCCCAAAUGAUAGCGAUUCCUGACACAAUCAAACGACAACAAUUUAACUUGCCAAUCUUAUACCAGCACGCCCCACCCAUUCACCCGCCCCCGGACCGCACCAUAAUAUCGCGCAUUCGGUUGUUUAAAAGCAUAAGUAUUCAAAUAUUUGUCCAAAUGUCCAAAGAGACAUAGUUUAUCUUCUUUACACCUGUACCAGAUGCGAUAAAAGUUUUUUUUUUUUAUAUAAGGAUCACUUUAUUACUACCGAAUGUGCGUUAGAAAUAAAUUAUCUAAUUUAUUUAUGGUUCACUAUUUUGGCGAUAAUGGCUUAUACAUGAAUAUAGAUAUAUAUGUAGUUGCGGACUUUUUUGUAGAACUACUUAAGAUAAACAUUUCCAUACUAUAUUUUAUAUGUCUAACAUCAACGGUUUUUGCUGUGCACGCCAAAAUAGCUCGCAGAUGGCAGAUUUUUUUCCUAUUUACUUGAUACUUACUGUUAUAUUUUGGGUAAUUCACACUAUAUCGUUAUAAAUUAUAUCCUAUAUGUUAUUCUGAUGUGUAAGUUAUAUUAUUGUAAAGUUUCAUCAAAGUCCAUCCCGUAGUUUUUGCGUGAAAGAGUAACAAAAAUACAUCCAUACAUUCUAAUAAAUUUUCACGUUUAAAAUAUUGGUAAGAUGCAAUGUUGCAGAUUUUUUUUUCUUUUUUUCCUACCUGCUGGCUAAGGCUGGUAGAUAGCCUUGUCAGGCUAAGCCAGCAUAACCUACCGAGUAGGUGAGCUCUCGGUGCUCUAACCUGAGGGCGUUGCUAACGCUAACCCUAGCAAAAGCAGUUCUUCGCAGAAUCUACCACCGGGUCGGAAUCGCGAUCCACUGAGAAGAUCCGGCGAGAAACUCUGUGGGCAAGGUUAGCAGAAAGAAAGUGACAUGGUAUCGCACUGUGGCUUACAAUUUAUACAGUUCAUAGCCGCUUGCGAUUUAAAAAGGAUACCAAGUGACUUCAUUGUAUUUACCAGAUUGUACACUAUUCGUGUGCCUGUAAUGAGCAUUAAAUAUUUGAAAAAUAAA